AUGCCUCCACUUGGGAAGCUUACACCUGCGAUAGAGAUGCCGCCACUUCCACCGGCAGAGGAGCCUCCUCCACUGGAUCCCCCGUAUCCUCCUCCGCCUCCACCUCCUCCACUUGAGAAUCCACCUCCGCUGCCUCCACUGCUGAAUCCACCAUGUCCUCCUCCUCCACCUCCUCCGGAGAAUCCACCGCCGCCGGAGGAGCCUCCACCUCCUCCUCUAGAUCCACCCUCCUCGAAGAGACGUCAACAUUUCAGGGACAAUACCAAGCGAAGGCGAGGCUGCCGCAGUGAAACGAAAGGCGUGUACAGCGAACUGCGAGAAAGAAGAAAUGGCAAAUGCAAGGACAAUGUAGCAUGCGUCUCUGCAGGAAAGAGCGCGGCAUGA